AUGCGGUUCGCAGCGACCUCUGUCAUUUGCUUGUCAUGGGCUCUGUCGAGUCUCCAACACGUCUCGGCCGCCGCCUUGACCUCAAGAGUCGACGACCAGCAAUGCCGCAAGACGACUGUUGCCAUCCUGGGUGCUGGCGUGGCCGGAAUCACCGCCGCCCAGGCCCUCUCCAACCAGUCCAUCUCCGACUUCGUUAUCAUUGAGCAUAAUUCGUAUAUCGGAGGCCGUGUCGCUCACACAACCUUCGGUUCCAAACCGGACGGUUCUCCCUAUGUCGUCGAGCUAGGCGCCAACUGGAUCCAGGGACUCGGUUCCGAAGGGGGUCCGGAGAACCCCAUUUGGACCAUGGGGAAGAAGUACAACGUCACAAACACCUACUCCAACUACAGCUCCAUCCUGACUUACAAUGAGACCGGAGCUGUUGACUUCACCGACCUUCUGGACGAAUUUGAGGAUGCUUACGCCAUCGCCGAGCAGAACGCCGGUUACAUCGUGACCGACAAUCUCCAGGAUACGAGCGUCCGGGCAGGUUUCAGCCUUGCCGGAUGGAAGCCGAAGAAGAACAUGGCCGCCCAGGCCGUCGAGUGGUGGGAAUGGGACUGGGAGACGGCUUACGAGCCUGAGCAAAGCGGUUUCGCGGCCGGAAUCUGGGGCUACAACGCAUCCUUUUACCAAUUCAGCGAGGCCAACAACUUCGUCAUCGACCAGCGCGGCUUCAAUGCUUUCGUCAUCGGAGAGGCAAACACCUUUCUCAAGAAGAACGACUCUCGCCUGCUGCUGAACACGACCGUAACGGACAUCAAAUACUCCUCAGAUGGCGUCACGGUGUACAAUGCCGACGGAAGUUGCGUCUCUGCCGCUUACGCCAUCUGCACCUUCUCCCUCGGUGUUCUGCAGAACGACGUCGUUACUUUCGAGCCCGAGCUGCCGGACUGGAAGCAGGAUGCAAUCGAAAACUUCCAAAUGGGCACCUACACCAAGAUCUUCAUGCAGUUCAACGAGACAUUCUGGGACACGGAUACCCAGUUUUUCCUCUACGCUGAUCCGGAACAGCGUGGAUACUACCCUGUAUGGCAAUCGCUCGACACUGAAGGCUUCAUUCCCGGCAGCGGAAUUAUAUUUGCCACUGUCGUCAACGAUGAAUCGUAUCGUAUCGAAGCCCAGACGGUCGAGAAGACGACGGCGGAGCUGAUGGAGGUGCUGCGCGACAUGUUCCCCGACAAGGAGAUUCCCGAGCCCAUGGAUGUCAUGUAUCCGCGCUGGAGCCUGCAGCCCUGGGCGCAUGGAUCCUACUCAAACUGGCCGGUUGGAACCACGCUCGAAAAACACCAGAACCUGCGGGCCAACGUGGACAGGCUGUGGUUUGCCGGAGAGGCCAACUCGGCCGAGUACUUUGGCUUCUUGCACGGCGCGUGGUUCGAGGGCCGAGACGUCGGACAGCGCAUCGCCGGCCUGGUUGGGAAGGUGUGCACCAAUUCAGAUGCUGAGGGGAACACUACGGAUGCUUGUGGGAUGAUGAGGAACUACGAGGUGCUGCACGGUACCACGUCGUACGAUGAGUACGACCUCGAGAAUGGGAUCAUGGUUAGCCCGUUUGUCGUCUACGCCGAUGAUGAGUAG